AUGGAUGGCCUAAACAAGACUGGCAAUUUCUUGUGUGCUUGCCAUCAUGGCUUUGUGCUUUGUUUGGCAGAUAUGAUCAAGUCAGGCAAACUAGCCAAGUACUCCCUUGCCUGCCUCAACAGGCUCCUCAAUGUAUAUGGUCAAGGGCUAGCCCUUGGUUAUGACAUUGGAUGCAAACACUCCAUCACUGUGUCACGCAGCAGCCUCAGGCAUCAAGCAAAGGCUCUAGGUCUACAGCUGUAUGUCAGUGCUUUCCACAGUUAUGUGCAUAACCAAAAGUGUCAGCUGUCAUUCCACCCCCGCUUCCUCACCACAGCCAGACUAGAGGACUUCAAAAUGAAUGAGCGCUUGUUCUCAAAGCAGAACUUGACCACUCACCUGUAUCACCAUGACUCAACAUACCAUUGGCACAUGACGCUCAACGCCUUCUGGUCCAGAUGGAAUGAUGAUUGCAGGGCUGGCAUUGGUGAGUGCUGA